AUGUCCACCACAACAGCCCCAAACUCCGCCCCCACACCUACCCCCAAACCAAAACCCAAAGCCAUAAUCUUCGACCUCCUCACCGCCAUCAUCGACAGCUGGACCGCCUGGGACCGCGCCGCCGCCACCGCCCUGGAAGAAGAAUCCCCCUCCUCCCCCUCGUCCUCCACCCCAAACACCCCCGCCGCUGACCCCGCCACCCUCGGCCGCCUCUGGCGCCACAACUACCUCAUCCUCACCUACAACGCGGGCCAGUACGUCCCCUACGCGUCGCUCGUCCGCGACGCCGCCGCGCAGACGCCCGGCCUACCUCCACGCACCGCAGAACACCUCCUCGCCAACUACACCGCCUGGCUCGCGCCGUGGCCCGAGGCGGCCGACGCGCUGCGCCGGCUGAAGGCAGCCGGGUACGCGCUCGGCGUGGCGACGAACUGUUCGAAGGAGCUGGGCCACGGGGCGGCGGGGUUGUUCGAUGGCGUGGUGGAGGGGAAGAAGGGGGCGGCGAGUGUCUUUGACGUUGUCGUGACGGCUGAGGAGAGUGGGUGGUACAAGCCGGCCCGCGGCGCGUACGCAGCGGCGCUGGAGCGGCUGGGCGUGAGCGCGGACGAGGUGCUUUUUGUAGCGGGGAGCGCGGCAGACGUGCCCGGUGCGCAUGCGGCCGGGAUGCGGGUCGUGUGGCAUAAUCGGAUUGGGAUGGAGGCGAAGGAGGGGGCGGAUGGCAUGGCGGAGAAGGAAGCGAGGACGUUGACUGACGUACUGGAGGGGUUGGUGCUGUGA